AUGGCUGCUGAAGAUAUGCAUUAUUUCUUCCAACUUCAAAAUAUUCACACAUUGGAUAUCAAAGUUGCUGCAGAUGGACACGAUGCUUUGCUAAAUGCAUUCGGAAAAUUGAGCGAUGAUUGGUGCAAAAAUGUCAAAUGUACAAAUUUGAUUUUCGAUGAGGAGGUGCUUUAUGAUAUGAAUCAUUUUUUGCAAAGAUUCGAAAAUUUGACAACUCUUCGAAUUCAACACAGACGCAAGUUAGCGAUAAUUGUUGAAGUCAUGAUUCGUAAUUUAACAAAACUUGAAGUUCUUGAGUAAGUUUUUUUUGGAAAACAUUUUAUUACAAAUAAAAUUUGCUAUUUUUCAGUUUGCAUUACAACGAACCGAAUAAGGCUGGUAUUUAUUUGAAUGGACAAAUUUACUCGUGGAUCACACAAAACGGAUUUUAUGAAAACGUUGCGAUUCCAACUCAUAUCUGUAUUCAUUCACUUGUUGCUCCGCAUCCAAAUGAACCGAAUAUGUUCUUCUAUAGCAAAUUUGAAGAUUUGCAUCCAGCUUAUUCUGGAUUCAGAUAUUUCAUUUAUGACUACAAAACGGAAAAAAUCCGGACAUUUGGAAUUGCACCAGACAAAAUAAGCGAGGAAAUUGUUCGAAUUGAAAGACCACAAAGUCCCGAUCCACAUUUGGAAUUUGUUAACACGUAUUCCACAAGUUCAUUUCGGACAUACAAUUGA